GUAGAGGAGUUUCACAGUAAAGGCAAUGUUUCUGACCACAGGGUGGAACUGACUGUGAAUCCCCCAAAGUUGGAGCCAUUCACACGAGACCACCACGCCUCGUGGGUCAUCGACUCUGGUAACUCCUCCCCCACCCUCGACAAUGACAUCACCCUCCCUUCUCUAGAAGAGCACACUCCAUUACCUGCUCUCACCAAGAACAAAGUCAGCCAGAAACAUAAAUCACGAAGACCCACUCGAACAGGGGUCAAAGGUGAACAGGACGAAUCAACCAUCAUGUAGGAUGAUUAUCUCAUAAUACUGUUCAAUAUUCACAUAUUGUAUUUCUCGGAAUGUUUUAGUGUGUGUGUUCGAAUCACAGUCACAAUAGCAGCUCUCUGAUUUCUCUUUUUAUCUAUCUCAUCACUGAUGGUCAUACUACUGUGUCGUCACUGUAAUUAUCAUGUGGCAAGUUUUAGUAUAUAGCUCAUUCAUCAUUAUAUGUGUAUUAUAGCACGGCUAGCUCAUUUCACCAAUUCACAUGAAUA